CGUCUCUGGACUCUGCGCAUUUCUUUUUGACAUCUUCCUGCCACUUCUCUCCUCGCCUCUGUGCGCAAGAAACUAAAUAGAACUCUCUUUUUCCCUCUCAGCUAAGCGCCAUUUUUUGGCAGUCUUCACUGUUCUUAAAAACCGUCUGAUAUUUCCCAGAUUGAAGAAUAACAAUAUGGUUACUCAUGAAACUGAAGGUGGUCGUACUUUCUCAUCUUUGCUUAUGAAAGAACUAGUCCAUGUCAAAAAAGAAGAAGAAGAAACAAGAACGACGCCUUCUGAUGACAUUCGGCCUGCUCAUUCCGGCGGUGCACCUGAUGGUGGGUCGUCUUAUUCUUCUUCCUCCACCUCAAUAAGGACACCGGUCCAUGAAAUAAACGACACAGCUCCACCGACUACAACAAAGACCUCGAAAGUGGACGACAUCGAGGUGGUCUGUAUAAAAGAAGAAGUAGAAGAAGAGGAAGACGAGGACCGGGGCGUAGCGAGUUUUGACGGUGACGGAGGUGGUAAUGGGCCUUCGUCGGAGGCGGUGCCAAAGCCGAUGGAGGGGCUGCACGAGCCUGGUCCACCGCCAUUUCUGAAGAAGAUAUUCGAGAUGGUGGAAGACCCGGAUACCGAUACGGUGGUAUCGUGGAGCGAGACCCGGGACAGCUUUACCGUGUGGGACGAGCAUGUCUUCGCACAAGACCUGCUCCCAAGGUAUUUCAAGCACAGAAACUUCUCCAGCUUCAUUCGCCAGCUCAACACUUACGGUUUCAAGAAGAUUGAUACAGAUAACUGGACGUUUGUAAACGAAGGAUUUCAAAAAGGGAAGAAGCAUUUGCUCAAGAGCAUCAAAAGAAGAAGUAGGUUAAACAAGCAGCAACAACAAGAGGGGGCGGUAGGUGCCAAUCCAAUGAAACCCGGGUUGGAGGAUGAACUCGAGAGUCUUAAGGAGAAUCAAAACAUAUUGAAAGUGGAAAUCCAUAACCUGAGACAGAAACAGAAAGACUCUCAGAAUCAUUUAGGUGCUGUUGCAAAUCGUAUUCGAGGUGCAGAGUGUAGGAUACAACAGAUGCUCUUUUUCCUCACCAAAGUAACCAAAAGCCCAAGCUUUGUUCAGCAAUUGAUCCAGAAGAAAAAGCAGCAAAAGAGAGAGCUGGAUGGAGGAGAGUUUGUUAAGAGACGCAGAUUGUUAGCAUCCCACGUGCAUGAAAAGGCCAUUGACAAAAGUCGUAGAAUUAAUUGCAGAAACAAAGUUCCGAGGGGCUUGGUGACAACUCUAUCUGGACUCUCUGAAAUCCUGAAAGAGGAGGCUAUGGAUAUGGAUAUCCCAGCGUCCAUAGAUGAUGCAUUAAUAUGCAGUCUUGAGGACCAGAAUAUCAAUGUGAUGUCUAGAAGAAGUAGCAAACCAAAUAUCUCCUCUGUUUAUGAUGUCAUGUCAGAGAAACUACUGGAGGACAAUUCGAUUGUAGAUGAAGAGUUAGCUGUAAAUGACUCUAAAUUCUAUUCUGAAUUGGAGGAUUUGAUUGUCAAGCCAAAUGAUUGGGGGGGAAUUGCAUGUGGACUGGUGGAGCAAGCUGGUUGUGUUGGGGCGCUUCCUUGAAUCAAAUGUACCGUCUUGGUGUGUCUUUUAUCUGCUCUAAUUCUCCUCAUUGUAAAGAAGGCUGAAGCUAAAAGAGGGUGUCUUUGGUUUGGUUCUGUCUCACAAGAAGUUGAAGUUGCAGUGGAAAGAAUUUCCUACUCACUCGUACUGAAGAUAUCAUCGUUAUCGCGAGUGUUCAUAGUUUCUAUUCACUUUUUUUUUAAGGUGAUGCGCUCGUUUGUUAUGGAAAAAGUGUUACAGCCCUACUAGAAUUGAACAGCUUGGUCCUCUUAUAACAUAAAUACCUUAGAUUGAGUUCAUGCUGCUGCAGCUUGCCUAUCAGUUUGUUGUAUUUCUUGAUCGGACAGUUUGUUUUAUAUGGUAGUAAUUUUGAAGGAGUGA